GCUUUUCCUGUUUUGUCUAGGUGGGAUGGCCUCAUCAGAGCAGCGGGUCGUGUGUGUGGGGCUCAUCUGCUUCGACAUGAUCACUGUAUGCGACGGCUUUCCACUCGAAGAUACCGACACGCCCUGCAGGGAGCAGCACUGGGCGCGCGGCGGAAACGCGUCGAACAACUGCACGGUGCUGCGGCAGCUCGGCGUGCCGUGCGAACUCGUGGGCACCCUCGCGGCCGACGACGCCGCCAAGUUCCUACGCGACGACCUCUCCACGUGUGGCAUCCCUCACGACCGCUGCGUCGAGGACCCCGCGGGGGCGACGCCCACCGCCUUCAUCAUCAUCAACGCCCUCAACGGCUCGCGCACGAUACUGCACGAGAGCACGCGCGCCUCGGAAGUGACGGCGGCGCAGUUCGACGACGUCGACUUGCGGGGGUGCGGCUGGGUGCACUUCGAGGGCCGAUCGCGAAACGUGGCGGAGAUGCGCGAGAUGGUGGCGAGGAUUCGCCGCGACGACGCCGCAGACUCCAUCGUCGUGUCUGUCGAGCUCGAGAAGCCGCGGCGCGAGAUGGAGCAGCUUCUCCCGCUCGGAGAUUUCGUCUUCGUCGGCAAGGAGUUUGCCGUCUUCAGCGGGUACGAGUCGAUGCGGGCGGCGGUCGAGGGCCUGCGGGAGAAAGUCCGCGGUGGCGCCACCGUCAUUUGUCCGUGGGGAGAAGAGGGUGCUUGUGCGAGCACGUCUGAUGGCACGGUGUUCACGGCCGCAGCCGAGCCGCCGGAAAAGGUCGUGGACACGAUUGGGGCGGGCGACACUUUCAUAGCAGCCUGCAUCGCGCAGCUGUACAAAGGCGCCUCUGUGGAGGCGGCCAUUCAAGCAGGAUGUCGGGUGGCAGGUGCAAAGUGCGGCCAGAUGGGACUCAAGGACCUGAAAUUACCUCCUCCUUCACCCCUCUGCAAACCACGUGAGGGGACAAUUAAUUUAAAUCUCUAG